AUGUGCCGGGUGCAUUUCCCUGAUAUUUUGUUCCUGAUGGAGACAAAAAACAAGUUGGAAGUUCUGGCAGAGUUACAUGUUGCACUAGGAUACAAAUGGUUUCGCACAAUUGAACCUGAUGGUCUUAGUGGUGGUCUUGCUAUCUUUUGGAAGGAAAAUUUGGAUGUUGUAGUCCUUCUAGAAGAUAAAAAUGUUCUGGAUAUGAAGAUUACAAGUGGUGGUCGGGUUUGGUUUCUCUCAUGCAUAUAUGGGAAUCCGAAUCCAAAGUUUCGAGCUGAAGUUUGGGAACGAGUGACUAGAUUUGGCUCUAGUCGGAAGGACGCUUGGUGUAUGAUAGGUGAUUUCAAUGAGAUUUUAUCUAACGACAUGAGAAGAUUGGUGGUAAAGUGA